AGCCGAGCCCGGGCGCCGCGGCCGCGGCUCUGCUCCUCGUGUGCCUGCCCCCGGCCGCAGCCUGCAUGAGCGCGGCCUUCCCGCCCUCGCUCAUGAUGAUGCAGCGCCCCUUGGGAAGCAGCACUGCCUUCAGCAUCGACUCGCUCAUCGGCAGUCCCCCCCCGCCCAGCCCGGGCCACUUCGUCUACACCGGCUACCCCAUGUUCAUGCCCUACCGGCCCGUGGUGCUGCCGCCGCCGCCGCCGCCGCCCGCGCUGCCGCCGCCCGCGCUGCCCCCCGCGCACCCGCACCACCAGAUCCCCAGCCUGCCCGGCGGCUUCUGCUCCAGCCUGGCGCAGGGCAUGGCGCUCAUGGCCACGCUGCCCGGCGGCUUCUCGGCCUCCCCGCAGCACCAGGAGGCGGCCAGGAAGUUCGCGGGCCCGGCGCUGCAGGGCGGCUUCGACAAAGGCGACGGGGGGCCGCCGGACGGCGAGGACGGGAAGCCCUUCCUGGGCAAGGACGGCGCCCUGCUCGCCUUCUCCGCCGCGGACGCCGUGCAGGCGUCGCUCGUGGGGGCUGUCCGGGCGCAAGGGAAAGAGGACUCGAAAGCGGAGGACGACCCGAAAGGCAAGGAGGAAAGUUUCUCCAUGGACAGCGAUCUCGAUUACAGCUCGGACGACAACAUCACCAGCCAGGCGGCUCACAAAGAAGAGGACUCUGGCAACGCGCUGGAAGAGAACCCCCAGAGCACAAACUCCUCCAACAACACCACGUCCACGGGCAAAAACAGGAGGAGGAGAACAGCCUUUACUAGCGAGCAGCUGCUGGAGUUGGAAAAGGAAUUUCAUUGCAAAAAGUACCUGUCUCUGACAGAGAGAUCUCAGAUCGCCCAUGCCCUCAAACUCAGUGAAGUGCAGGUCAAAAUCUGGUUCCAGAACAGAAGAGCCAAGUGGAAAAGGGUGAAAGCAGGUAACGCCAACUCCAAGACAGGAGAGCCCUCCAGAAACCCCAAGAUCGUGGUACCCAUUCCCGUCCAUGUCAGCAGAUUUGCCAUCAGAAGUCAGCAUCAGCAACUAGAACAAGCCAGACCCUAAUCCGCUUCCCUCUUUUCCCCCCCCCCUCUCAGAUCCAAAAGUUUUGGAUCAAAAGCUUUGAAAUUGGGUUUAAACAGUAAACCACAAAAAAAAAGACAUUGAUAUGAAACUUGCCACAUAUCGAGCAAAGCGAAAAUUUAUGAAUAAAGAGGUUUUAAAGCUGUGUUUUGGUUCCCAGCGGGAGUACCAGGCCCUUGAAGAGAGACACAACAAAUAUUUAUUAUGCUGUCCUACUUUGUACAUACAGUGCUGGAUCUCGGCUGCAGUAUUUGGACUGUGAUGGGACAAAUGACUAGGCACACCAAGUCUUUACAUUCCCGAAGAAAACCACCACCACCACCAAACUGCAGUACAUAUUAACCACCUUUUGGUUUUUGUUUCUUACCGUUUUGAAGGUAAAAAAAAAAAUGAAACAAAACUAAGAGUAUUUUUUUGUUGUUUGGGUUGGCUGAGUGGCAGUCACUUGGGUGAAUUUUUUAAUAUAUAUAAAUAUAUAUAUUAUUUUUUUGCCUGGCUUUCUGUCGAGAUUUGGUUGCUUAUUCUAUUAAGCCAUGUUUUUUGUUUUGUUUUUUUUUUUAAAGCACGAUCCUCUCUAUUGUGUUUAAUUUAUUUCAAUGUAGCUGGUUUCAUUAUAAGUUAUGAAUUUUAAAAGCAAACUCAGUCUUGUGAAUAAAAACAAAGAAACAAAAAAAAGCAAAAAAAAAAAAAAAAGCAAUUGAACGACUAUUCUGUACAAAUUUUCGACGAAUCCCAGUGUCCUGGGAAGAUUUUAAC